AUGUCCCUAUUGCUGCAGCACGAUUCUCUCAGCAAAGGAUUCUAUGCCAUAAAACCCAAAGGAACGCGUCCGUCGACGCGGCAAUCGCCGACCAGCCCGUCAAUUGCUACACACAAUGCAGAAUCCGACUUGUUGAUGCCGGUCCUGCUUCCGGAAGACGCGGACAAACGCGCCGAGCGCGUUCGGUUGUGCCGGGAGGUCCUUGCUGAGCUAGACCAGAUCACGGAAACGACACUGACGGCCAACAACCAGCGGGUUGCAGCAGAACUGGCAGCCUUCUUAACAGCGCCGUACAACACACACGGGAAGCUCCGCGGAGCUGUACUGUGCAGUGGUGGGCGGAACACACUGCACUCGCGAUUCUACGAGCAAGUUGUCGGCGCAACAAACACUGUGUCGCGUGCGGACGCACGGCGCGUCGUCAUGCUCGACUUGCGUACACAUCGAGACUUGAAGAACUGCUUCAAGCAGAUCGCCAACACGGGUGUCGCCGCUGGUGUGUGCGCGUACGACAUGGACGCGCUCCGGGAAAACCUUAUUAUUGUAUUCAAAAACGUGGAGGACUGCAUGCCCGGGCUGCUCCAGCAGCUCGUUGCAGCGCUCCGCGUGCUCAUGAACAAGCCGGGCAACACGCACACCGUCCAUGUGGUGCUUGAUGUCCGCGUCCCGCUGGAAAUGUUCGACGCGUCCCUCUCUGGCCGAUUCUUCGAGGCGGUAGAGCCGCGUGUGUUUCGCAUGCAGGCCAUUACCGCAGGACUCGAGCAGCUGCUGGAGCGCGUGGACGCGCUAGACGACUUUAUGCUCGGCGCACGUGUUAAGCGAUUUCUGCGGGGCAUGUUUUACGAGCACAGCUGGAGUGUGGAGAAGGUGCUCUCGGCUCUGCGCUACGCGGUGCUAUGUCAUUUCUACGGAAACGCGUUCAGUGCUGUGUCUGUGAAUGUGCUGCGGGCCCCCGAGGAUGCAGAGGCACUGUCGACAGCGUCGUUUUCUCCCAUCCUUGCGCAGGCUCUCCGCACAUCGCCUUCCUUCCAGCGCUCCGUGGGGUUCUGGGCCCGUGGGCUCUCCCCACACUCCCCCGCAAAUCGCGCGCCCGCAGACUCCACAAGCGCUGCAGGCUGUGCAAGCCCAAGCGACCCCACACUUGUGAGCCGAAAAGAUCUGCGCCCGCUGCUCGACGACGACACGGUGUUCUUGCACUUCUUUCGGGCGUGCGUCACCGCCAUACGUCACCGCCGCCGGCGGCUGCGACAGCGAGCGCAGGCCUGGCUGCAGGUGCAGCUGCUGUGCGAGACAGACGCGACACACACGCUGAGUCAGUGGAUGGACGUGCUUGCCGAGGGAGGAGCAAUGCUUCGGGACGCCUGUGCGCAGGCGGCCCAGCUGGUGCGGCGGCUCGACUCGUCCGCCACCAAGCGUCUUCUUGCCUUCUGCACCUCGACCCUGGCCCACGAGCCCGCUACGCUGGACACGUGCCGCACUUUGAGCGACAGGCUCGACGGCAUUGUGCAGCGUUUCCUCGAGCACCCUGCCGCCGCCGCCGCCGCUCUUCUCGUCCAUUCCGGCGGCGCCGGCAGCGGCAGCAAUGAUGUGUUGGUGAGUGCCCAGGUGGUAUUAGAGGGCUUCCACGGCACCGCACACUCGCGACGAGUCGCCGAGCAGGGCCUGCGGCCGGAAAUCCACGAGUACACGGCGCUGCUGCGGGAGCUCGAAGCGCUGCUGCAGCAGCUCGGUGCAGACGACGACUCCCUGCUCCGCACGCUCGUCGUCGAGUCCCCGUUCCCCUGGUCGACGGCGACGACACAGAACCUGCACGUGCGGGGCGGUGUCGAGAAUUGCCCCUUCUACGAAUGCGUCUGCUACGACUAUGUCCGGCCGCUGGAGCAGGCGUUUGCCGGCGGCCACCAGCGCCGCGUCAUCCACAGUGCCUGCAUGGCGCCUGCGUUCUACGGUGUCGUCGAUGUCGCGGACGCGUCGGACGCGACCGCACAAAGCAAUGGGUGCGCAGACAGGAAGGAGGACCGCGACAGCGUCCUCGGGAGCAAUCCCGCUCCGUCCGCCGCUCCUGCAGCUCCCUCAGCUCCCUCAGCUCCUCCCUCAGCUCCUCCAACUGCUGCUGCCUCUCCUGCCGCGACCGCUUCCCACGGCACUCCCGGGAUCAGCGUCCAAACUCCGCGGACAAAGUGGGAGCCAGACUUGGCGGUUAUGUACCGAUUGUAUUGCGAGUCUGGCGGACUCAUCAACCUGUACGAUUGGUUCGUGGCGUUUGCAGAGGCUCUCGCCCACGACGCAGACGACGAGCAGGCUCUUGCCCACGACGUGUCUGCUGGAGCCGGCGCGGGCGACGACUCCUCCACGUCUCUUCUCACUCAGGCGCGCUUCUUCUUCGCUGUGGAGGAGCUGCGUUUCCUGGGCCUGAUUCGUCCAACCUCGCGAAAGACCGACCACGUCCAGCGCGUCAUUUUCCAGCAUUGA